AAUAUUCUUGCAAUUAUUGAAAUUAUGAAUCAAGCAUGCAAAUCAACUUAUUAUGAUUACCAAACACCUUUAUAUAAAAAAAUUGAAUCCUGUGCUCAAAAAAGUGCAAAGGACAUACUAAUAGUAGUAGUCAACCAGUUAAGAACUAAUCAAAAAAAAUUUGUUUCAGUUGGAUUUGAU